UGAUCACAGGUCUUCUAAAUUUGCAUGUCAGUGAUCACAGGUAUAUUCUCUUUUUGCUUCAUAAACGUUUCUACUUUGUGGGGUAUAUUUUCAAUGUUGUCUUUUUAAGGAAUGGUUUAGGAUCAUUAAUGAAAGGGAAUGCUCGACUCAGCAGCCUAGAAUUAAUGCAAUUAUUGAGACGGGAUACAAUUUUAAUAAUUUGACACUUGACUGACAGUAGGCAGUGUUUUCAUACAUGUUGAGCUCUUAUUUUAAACAUUACCUGCUCUGGAGGAGGUCAGAUGUGCAGCAUAACUUACCAUAGGAAGUGCUCCAUGAAGAAGUUAACCACUGCUGAAAACCAAGAGUUAAACCUGAAGUUACCUUGUUUAACCCAAAUCCUGUUUAGGCCAGCGAUGUUACAGACUGUGAGAAAUGGCACAGAUUUAGACUCACAACAUUUCACGAGUAACUUUACUGCUUUGGUUCUAUCUUACCACUCUGGGUGUGUUGUUUUCAGAGAAAAAGUCUCUGGGCACUACAUGCCUAGCAGCAAACUACAGACAGACACAGUUCCAGACAAGCUGGUGAACAUAAUUGAGCAUUUGACAGCUACAGAGCUACAUGGUUGCCUUAGGUGUUGGAAGAGACAAAAAAAAAAAAAAACAAACAAACAAAACGCUACCUUACCUCCAUCAGAUGGAGGCCUUUUAAACAUUCAAAGUAGUCUGUGUUCCAAACAUCCAAGCAUGGCUCCGGCAGUUGUCAAAAUUCGAAACACUUAUUGAAACAUAAAAUCAUUGUUUAAUAAAUUUACACAAAAGCAAGACAGCAACACACAAGUAACAACACAGAAAAUUAAUCCAUGCAUUUUUUUUUUUUGUCGUUUUAAGAGGAAGUAAAUGAGUAAAUGUGCAUUUAGGUUAGAAAAAAAUGACCAAUCGGGCUUGUAAGCUCGUUCUGUUGGUUUUACUUCCACCUCUCAGCUGAAAGAAAUCAGCGAAUGGUUGAAAUUAGUCCCACUGUGAGAUAGAAUGUGUGCAUGAGCACAAGAUGUGCGCCUCUCUUCCUGAGUAUGUGCUCAUCAGAGAAAGCUCAAGUAUUGGCUGUCUCCAGCACACCCCCCCUUCCACCAGCCGUCCAAUCAGAGUCAGAGGCUGCCAGGCAGAGCUGCCAGUGUGAGGCUGCACUCAGAAACAGAGCCGAGUCCUCUGCAUUAGCCCGUCUCACUAUCUCAGAAAGCUACAUUGGCAGAGAGAGAGGCAGAUGGAAAAGAACUAAACGAAGGUUGCAGUACAACUGAGAAUCACUCCGUCCCUGUCACCAUGGAAACGACUGAACAAUCAAGGCUGGUGAUGAACUAUGAAGUGGAUGUCACUGUGGCUGAUUCACCUGAGCAGGGGAAUGAUUUCAGUGCUGAUGAUGAGCAAGUUUGUAUAGCAACAGCCCCAUCAGAUUCCCAGAGGGAAAAGGAAACACUUGGCACUUUAUUAACUGAUGUACCAACUACCACCUUUGGGACUGAGCUCUCUGAGGCCGGUCUUUUAACUGAAAUGCCGAAUCAGGUUCAGAAAGAAGCUUUGAUAUUAGAGCCAGGGCAUGAAGAGCUCAACAAGAAGGAGUCUAUCACCCUACCCAUGUCUGACACACUCUCCAGUGCUGAUAGUCUUUAUGAAAAUGAGGCCCAUCAAAAGAUGAAGGACAUACCAGAACAAGAUCCUGAGCAAGAACAAGUACCCAAGCCAGAGCAAAACCCUGAGCUAGAACAAGAUCCCAAACCAGAGCAAAGUCCUGAGCCCAAGGAGGACACUAAGGUGGGGCUUUGUCCUGAGCCAGAGCAAGACUCUAAACCAGAGCAAGACCCUAAACUAGAGCAGUACCCUGAGCCAGAGCAGUACCCUGGGCCAGAGCAAGACCCUGAGCAAGAGUAUUACUCUGAGCCAGAGCAAGACCCAGACCAAGAAUUAUACUCUGGACCUGAUCAAGACCCUGAGCAAGGGCAAUACCUUGAGCCAGAGCAUGCGGCUGGUGAUAAUCUUAAUCUUGUAGAUGAUGACUAUAGCAAUCUGGCAAUACACACAGAUGAAAACCCAGAGGCCCAUGAAUUCUUUUUCAACUCAGCAAUAACAGAGGAGUCAAUAUUAGAGCAAUGCAUCAGAGAAGAGGCAAUGUCAGAUGUGUCCAAUGAAUCCUGCCAUGACCCUGAACCUGACGAAAUGGACGAAUGCCUGAGAGUUGAGAUUGCAGCAGCUUCAUCAGAUAGUGAAACAGAUGAAAAAUGGAGAACUAUAUUCUCCUCCUCAAUAAAUAAAGAGGAUGAUGACUCAUAUUUGGACAGUCUUCAGCUGAGUGCCCAGGAGCUCUUUGUGCAAAAAGUUGAGGUAACAGACUUUGAAGGUCAAGACAACAACAACUUUGACGAGGUCAGUUUUGCAGUCCCACAAGUGGAAGAAAUUCUGGAACAACCGGAGGACAUAAUAUCCUCUCCCACCCCACUACAAGAGGUUAAAUAUAACCCUUUAGGCCUUCAAGGUCUUUCCAAAAUAUCUGAGGAUGACAGUGAAAAUGGCAGAGAUGCCAAUCACAACCACCAACAACACAUCAAUGCAGAUACAACCAAGAAGUUACCUAAAGACUUCUGUGUGAUACAGGAGACUAAGAGUGAGAAUGUUAGUACAGAGCAUGUGGACUUCCAGUUGGCUCGUAAACAAUGGCGUGAAAUGGAGGAACAAACCAGAAACAAGAUUGUCCUGCCUAUGACCAAGCAGCAAAGCUUUCAUGGCAGCCACAGCUUUAUGUACACACCAGUGCGCAACAUCGAAAGGACUCACAAGAAAGCACAUGAUCUGGAGAGCCUAAAUCUGGUUGGGGAUUAUCCUCACACCCAAUUCAGCCCUUGCUCAGAGGAUUCUGGCCUGGAUGAUUCCAGUUACAGGUCCCCUUACGAUGACCCAGAAACUUUAGUUGAAAAGGAGAUUCGCAUAUCAAUGGAAAGGGAGGAAACCUUCAAAAGAGAGAGGGGCAUCUCUAGGAUGGGCAAAUCAACUGAUUGUGCUCCAACUCGAAGUAUCCCCAGAUCCAUAAGCACCCCACUGACACCAUCAUUCAUUAUUACCUCUUCACCCACCAAGGAACCACUGAAACAUGAAGUGUCAGCAAACAAUGUUAUUAUUCUUGACCCGAGCAAUGAUUACUCCUCCAGUCCCAGACAUAGCAAAGACAACAAGGCAGUUCGUUCUGGUGAGUGGCGCUCAGAAGACAACAGCUCCAACCUUAUCAUCCUAGAGACAUCUAAUCUGAUUAUUCGCAGUGCCUCUGAGUUCUCCCUUAACAAAGCUUAUGAGCAGCCCCAAGAAAAAAUGUUCUUGAACAACCCGUUUUUCAAGUUGCGUUCAAGAAGCACAAUAUCACUGGUGGAUGAAGAGAUUAAGAUGGUGAAGCAGAGAGAAGAAGAGCUGAGGAAGGAGAGGGCAAAUCUCUAUGGACAAGACAUGUUCAGCAAAGAAAGGGUGUUGUCAAAUCGUAUGGACACUUUGGCAUUUGAUAAUUCAGUUGACGUGCCAGUCAAGUGCAAGUCUUCUCCAUCAUCGCCGAUGAAAACAGCGUACAGGAUGGAUCGUUCUGCUUUAUCCUGUGAUCACAGAUUUCCAGAGGUCUACACAGGAGGAAGACGUAAGAGUGCCAUGGCUCUGCGCUGGGAGGCUGGCGAGUUUACAAAAACUGACUGAAGAGGAGCAAGUCAGCUUUAUGCCAUCUAACCACAUCAGCUGUCAGUGUUAUUUUUAUUCAAGUUAGAUACGUUAUUGCAAUUGUUUGUUUCAUGUUAUAACAUAACCUAAACUCUGCUUUUGUGAUGCUUAGGGCAAACAAUCAAAAUGCUUGUGGCCACACUAGUCUGCACAAAGUCCAUUAGGAACUACUAAACAAAGGGUUAUACAGUGGGUAUGAAAACUUACUUCUGGCCAAGGAGUGAACAUUAUUUUCAUAUGCCCACCUAGCUCUGGCAUUUCCUUGACUUCUGAAUGAACAGUUAUAGCUGGAAGGCUGCUGGUUUCAGCCCUUACUAGACUAUAACCUCAACUAUUGUUAAAGUUGUAAAGGCAUUUUCAUUACAAGAUUGAUAAAGAUAGUGCCAACAUAUAUUUAAAUGAAAUUAUGAAUAAUAAAUGCUAUUUUUUGACUAUUUUUGACUAUGAUAAAUAGCCAUGCAACGGCCAACAGUAACAGCCAACAGAGACCGAGAGUUAUCAGCCUAUAUGUAAUGUAAUAAUUUUCAAUAAGGCAUGCCACCUUGUGAAUUACUCCUUGCCUAUUGAGGAACUGUUUGAAAAAAGGUCAAAGCCAGAAGUACAGACGCUCAAAAAACUGUAAAUGAAAUAAAAAGAUUUGGAAAAACUAUUGUUGUAAAGAACAGUAAUGUUACAUAUGCAGUACUCUCAUGGCAUAUGUACAGCUAAAUAGUUAUUGGUUGCUGUAACUUUAAAGCACAGCAAAAACUAAUAACAUCAUUUAACAAUGUUAACCUGGGCAAAUGUCCUGGAACACCUCGGUUCAUAUUCUAUCUCCAAGUGAUGUAAUCAAUGUGCACAGACCAAAUUGCCAGUGGAAGCAAUUGGACAGACCAACAAACAAUUGAAGCAAUGAAAGUGUGUAAAAAAAUGCAUCAGUAACGCUAUUCUGUACAGUCAUUGUAUCAAGCCAGGUCGGUGUCAGAUAAACGUUUGUAAUUGUUCUGAUGUGGGCCAGUCAUGACAAGAGGGGGGUCAUUACAUUCAGCCAGAGAUAACAAAGUGUGAACUGUUGUUAGAGUCAUCAGGUGCCUAGGCGGUGUGAGUCAAACCAGUCCAGUGGUCGAUGAAUUUUUUGCUGAUACUGUGUGCAGUGUGUCUUGCUCUUGUGCUGAAGUCUACUUGAUGUCACAGAGACCUUCUUGUGCAUUGGCCUUACACGGAAGGCCAGAGGAUUUUGCUGCCCAUCCUGUUAUGUGGCCAGUAUGGAUAGGAGGAAUGCUUGCAGGGACCAAGACCUUUCAACACAUUUUCAACAUAUGACAUGUGACUAUUAAUAAAGAUUUGACAAAAUCUGAACGUAUCUAUUGUAUAAAACCUCAAUUUUUCUGACAGUACAUUGAAAGCAUUUGGUGGGUUUUUUUUUUGCUACGGUGUCUGAAUGUUGCUGAAAAAUGUAUUGUAGAGUCCACUCUUUGCUAUAAAUGUAAAACAAAUUUGAAAAACAUUUUCGGUGUUACUGUAUGUCUUUAUAUAGACAAUGCUACAUUGUUCAUUGUAUAAAAAAAUUGCAUUUUGGUACUGUACUUUUUUGCUGUAACUUAUAUUUCAGGGUGAGCUGGAUGGACAUAAAAUAGCACAAUAAACUAAAUAUAUAAUAUCUAUACAUUUCAUAGAAUCAAUGUAGUUCAGUCGAACACCUUGCACAGUGAAUGUCAAGACAACCUGAACUAGUUGUAAAUGACUGAGGACAAUCUAAAAAGUACAGGUUGUUGUGAACAGUUUUGUCACAGUGAAUAAAACCAGAGGACCAGUGAGACUAUGCCAAUCAUUGUCUGAAAUCUUAACCAGUGCUAUGAACAUUCCAAACAACAAACUAUAUGUCCAUCAAUGAAGUUAUCUUUUGUACUCCAAGAUUAUAAAUGAAUCCUGAGCUACAGUAUACUAAUAUCCAACGUUUAACAGUUCUUUCAGUGAAUAUCUAACAGAGAUUUGUAUGUCAGUAUCAUUUUUUUCUAAUUUACUAAAUUCAUUUAAUAACCUCAUGACCAAAUGAACAAGCACUGCUGAUUUUAAAUGUAUAUCACAUCUUACAUAGCCUUGAUAUUUCCAGCUACUCUGAAAAGCAGAUUAUAAAAGCCUGGUACUUUCUUAAUCUUAGAUUCCACUGACCUUUAACAGCUUUGUUUUACAUCUUAUGUUUGUAUGCUUAACUGAAAGAUUGCUUGCUGAUGUUUAAACAUUUUGUGAUUAACCCCUGUUGUGGCUUUUGGGGUGUAUUGGGCUCUUUAUGAUUUAUUAUGCAGGGGCUUUUCACUGUGUAUUCCUCAUGCAAGUAUUGAAGAGAUUCACGCAACAAUAAAAAUGUACAUUAGAAA